AUGGAUUUGUACCUGAUGAGCGAAAUGCCGGCGUUCUCGACUGCGGUGGUUAUUUUGAUCCUGAUGAGCAUCUAUGGAGGAGGAGCUGCGCCGGGGGAGAGGGACAGGGUUGGAACGCUGCCUGGCCAGCCGGCUGCCGGUGAGCUCCCGUUCAGCCACUUCAGUGGCUACGUGGAACUACCGGCAGCAGGGACGAAGAUGCCGGCCCGCCAUGUCUUCUACCACUUUGUCCAGUCCGAUAAUUCCUCCCAGCCCGCCGCAGAAGCGCCGCUGGUUAUCUGGUUCGGUUCAGAACGAUUUUGCUCGCCAAUUGGUUACGGCGGGAUGUUGGAAGUGGGCCCGUUACGGGUCCAGUCCGACAUGACGCUCGUGCUGAACGACAACUCGUGGCAUAAAGAAGCGAAUCUCCUGUUCGUGGACCUGCCGGCCGGUGUCGGCUUGUCCUACUCCGAGCGCAUAACAGCAGAGGUAAUAUCAGACGAGCAGACAUCAAAAGAUGCCGUCGAUUUCCUCCACCGGUGGGCGGAGAAGUUCCCGCAACACCGCGAAGCAGAACUGUACCUUGGAGGAGAAGGCCACGGGGCACAUCACCCCGUCCGCCUGGCUGCGCAAAGCAUGCGAGACAAGGCGUUGCUUCCACCGGGGAUGCAACUCCGAGGCAUACUGCUUGGUGAUCCAGAGAUGGAUCUAGAGUCCACUUUCUUAGGAUUCGUGGAUUACCUCAGUGCAAAGGGCAUGAUGAGCCAGGCUAGCCGGCAGAAGGUGUUGACGACUUGCAUCCUCAACUCCACGGCAGACUGUGGGAUGGCAAUGCACCUGGAGGCGAUCGCCCUCGGCAUGGAAGUGUCAGCCAUCAUCGAGCCACUUUGUUCACCGAGCACUCACCCAACCUCCAAAUUCCUCUGGUUCGACCCAUGCUCGGUCAACUACCUCCACGAGUACUUGAACCUGCCAACUGUUCAGACUGCUCUCCACGCAAACCAUUCACACCGUGUCCCGGGACCGUGGAAGAUUUGCAGCAAAAAUUUGAGGCAAGGGCAGCUUCCACCGGGAUCGGAUAAGCCCAACUGGAUCACCGACACCAUGAGGGAGCUGGCAUAA